GAGAAUUGCGAAUUUGUAAGGCUUAGAUUGUUCUUUAUAUGAUUCGUUCUUCAUGCGGAUUUAAAUUCGUCAGCAAUGAUGAAGUCUAUAUUCGCCUUUGUUCUCUCUUGGGGAUUUAUUAUAUUCAUUCUUUGCAUCAACGUCGCCCAUGGAGAUAUGAGCUAUUCUAUCCAGGAGGAAAUGAAACGCGGAUCAGUUAUUGGAAAUAUCGCCAAGGAUCUCGGGCUGCAAAUAGAUGCGCUGUCCAAAAGAAGAGCCCGCAUUGAUACCGAGGAGACGGAUAAACGUUACUGUGACAUAAACCUGAAGAAUGGGGAGCUGAUCGUGGCCGAAAGAAUCGACCGAGAGGAGCUGUGUGAUGAAAAAGCUUCAUGCAUCUUAAAACAAGAGCUAGUUUUGGAAAACCCACUCGAGCUGCAUCGGAUCAGCCUCCAUGUUCAAGAUAUUAAUGAUAACUCCCCGCAGUUCAACGAAAAGAUGAUCAUUCUUGAAAUUCACGAGUUAACAGACAGAGGAGCUCGCUUUAUUAUCGAGGAGGCGCGCGAUGCGGAUGUAGGACAAAAUUCAGUUCAGCAGUACAGCCUCGAACAGAAUGAAAAUUUCAUUUUAGCCGCAAAAGGAAACACUGUGGAGCUUGUUUUAGAUAAAGAGCUUGAUCGUGAAAAACAGAAGGAAAUUAAUUUGCUCCUCACAGCUUUAGAUGGUGGAUCUCCUCAGAGAUCAGGUACAGUGGUCAUACAUGUAACUGUGCUGGAUGCUAAUGAUAACGCCCCAGUGUUCAGUCAGGCCGUUUAUAAAGCCAGUCUGCCUGAAAACUCUCCUUUAGAUACUGUAGUGGUUACAGUGAGCGCAACUGAUGCAGAUGAGGGAGUGAAUGGAGAAGUGACUUAUGAUUUUGGACAUAUUAAUGAGGAAGGGAAGAAGAAGUUUGCAAUUGAUCAUAAAUUUGGAAAAAUAAGUUUAAUUGAUGCUGUAGACUAUGAGAUCACAAAAUCAUAUGAAAUCCGCAUUAAAGCAAAGGAUGGUCUGGGACUGUCAUCUUAUGCCAAGGUUAUUAUUUCUAUUACUGAUGUGAAUGACAACGCCCCUAUAGUGAGUCUGAAAUCACUGACCAAUCCCAUACCAGAAGACACCCCAGCUGGUACAGAGGUUGGCAUCAUUAAUGUACAGGACAGAGACUCAGAGAAUAAUCGACAGGUCCGCUGCUCCGUCCAACAAAACAUCCCUUUUAAAUUAGUUCCUUCAAUCAAAAACUAUUAUUCUCUGGUGACCACAGGAAACCUGGAUCGUGAACUAGUGACUGAUUACAAUAUUACAAUUACUGCAACUGAUGAGGGCUCUCCACCUCUGUCCUCCUCUAAAACUUUCCAGUUAUCUGUAGCUGAUAUUAACGAUAACCCACCUGUGUUUGAGGAACAGUCCUAUAGUGCAUAUAUUAAUGAAAAUAACAAACCUGGCUCCACUUUAUGCUCUGUUUCUGCUCGAGACCCAGACUGGAGACAAAACGGUACAGUGAUUUAUUCUCUGUUACCUGCUGAGGUGAACGGUGCUUCUGUAUCAUCUUAUCUAUCUGUUAAUGGAGACACAGGGGUGAUCCAUGCUGUGAGGUCAUUUGAUUAUGAACAGUUCAGGAGUUUUCAAGUCUAUGUGAUGGCAAGAGACAAUGGUUCUCCUCCUCUCAGCAGUAAUGUGACCGUCAGUGUGUUCAUAUCAGAUGUGAAUGACAACUCUCCUCAGAUUCUCUACCCCACCCUGGAGGCAGCUGCUCAGCUCCUCUACAGUCUGGUGCAGGGGGUGAAAGGUGUUCUCCAUGAUGGAUUUAAGCUUGGACAAAACCCUCCUAUCGGCCACUUUCACCAUCUAGAUCAGAGCGCAGCCCAGCACAGAAGUGACCAUUCUCAUCAGCUUAUUCAGUCUCUUUCUGUUCUGAUCUGCGCUGCCAGGGCCCCAGCAGACGAUGGCGUAGAGGAGGGCUGA